ACUGACGCUGAUGUGUAGGAUGUAGCAGGACGUGGCUAGCAAGUUGCUAGUGACGUGACGACUACCCGAAAAUACCUCCAAAUAUUUAUAAAAAUCCGUUUCACUUCAUGCCUAAGCUGUGCCUUUUGCAUGUGAGGAGGUUGAGGGUGGUGUACCAUGGGGUACGACGUUACAAGGUUCCAGGUGGAGUGCUAGAAGAACCGGUGCAGGCUCCACACUGUGAGCAUGCCUUCUGCAACGCCUGCAUAACGCAGUGGUUCGCCCAGCAGCAGAUCUGCCCCGUCGACCGCACCGUGGUGACGCUGGCCCACCUCCGGCCCGUGCCCCGCAUCAUGCGCAACAUGCUGUCCAAACUCCAGAUCAGCUGCGACAACGCAGGCUUCGGCUGCACGGCCACGCUGCGGUUGGACCAGCUGCAGUCGCACCUCAAGGACUGCGAGCACAACCCCAAGAGGCCCGUCAACUGCGAGGAGGGAUGUGGGCUUGAAAUGCCCAAAGACGAGCUGUCCAACCACAAUUGUAUCAAACACUUGCGAAGUGUCGUCCAACAGCAGCAAACUAAGAUAUCAGAGCUGGAGAAAACGGUGGCUGAACAUAAGCACCAAUUGGGGGAACAAAAAAGAGACAUUCAGCUGCUAAAAGCCUACAUGAGGGCGAUCCGCAGCGCAAACCCUAACCUGCAGAACCUUGAGGAAAGCAUAGAGUACAACGAGAUCCUGGAGUGGGUGAAUUCCAUGCAGCCAGCCAGAGUGACGCGCUGGGGGGGCAUGAUCUCCACUCCCGAUGCGGUGCUCCAGGCGGUUAUCAAGCGCUCCCUCAUCGACAGCGGCUGCCCCCUCUCGAUUGUGAACGACCUGAUCGAGAACGCCCACGAGCGGAACUGGCCUCAGGGACUGGCCACCCUAGAGACUCGGCAAAUGAACAGGCGCUACUACGAGAACUACGUUGCCAAGCGCAUUCCUGGCAAACAGGCGGUGGUGGUGAUGGCCUGUGAAAAUCAGCAUAUGGGGGAGGACAUGAUUCUGGAGCCCGGCCUCGUCAUGAUCUUUGCGCACGGAGUGGAGGAGAUCUUAUAACUGCAGCUCGCCGCGCAGAUCCAGAGACAAAGUGGGGAUGUCUUUCUUUUUCUUUCUUCUUUCACUUAAAGUGAAAGAGAGGUUUUUUCCUCUUUGAAGGGAAAGCUGUAAGAAAAGAAAUCUGGCUUAUUUAAAAUAAAACUUAGGUUGACUCCUAAGCUCGAUACCUAUGCCUUAAAGUAAGGACGAAUACUUUAUGAACCUGGCAAAUAUAAACAUAAUCUGACUGAUGUCUAACAUAAAAGUUGAGAUGUGAUGUUUACAAGGUUUAUAUUUAGUGCAUUAUAUUAUCUGAUUGUUCUGCUCCUGAAAAAGUAAUAAGCUUGAAUCCCCAAUUUAAAACCCUGAGUUGUAUAAAUGCUUGUAAAUACAAAUACUAUAUUGAAUCAUAAAUGUCAUACUUGUCACUGUAAUUAGAUUGUGCUUCCUUUAUUUUAGUUCUGUUUAGUGAGCCUGAGCUACUGCCUGGAAGGGUGCAAACUGAAGACUUUUUCUUCUUUCUUUUCCUCGCGUUCUUGCUUUGGUAUGUAGUUCCCCAUGAAUAUUCCAAAAGACAUUGUGCUUCUUAGUUUUUAGAUUGUUCAAAACCUUAUGUGCCACUUGUUUUUGUUUUGUUAUCUUUAUUUAUUGUGUUGCCUUUUUACGAACACGCUUGAAAUUGUUAUCAUUUGAUACAUGGAAAUCUGCCUUUUGGGCACAUUUGAAGAAGUUUAUAGCAAGAAAAAAGAUGAUUCCAUGUUUUCUUCGUUGCCUCGAUUGUACAUAAAGUCUCUAUGUUAGGUCCAGUUGAAGUGUUAAAAGAUGAGCUUUUGGAUUUCACUUUGUCAUAAUUUUACAAAUCCAAAUGGUUUCCAUUAAAAUUGAGGGGUACACACCAUGGUCUCAAAUGUAGACUAACCUAGCUCCUCGGAGUUGAGACCUUUUCAUUGACACAAAACACCGUUUAGAGAUUGUACAAAUAUUUGUGAAAUCACUCUUAAAACUUUUGAUAAAAUCCUUUACUAUUGGAGACCUUUUGAUGUGGUAAGACACAAAAUUUCAGCUGAUGGUGUUGAAGCCCACACAAGCUGCUUGUGCCCUUUGCUAUUUCCCUUUUGUUAAUAUUUUUGUUUUGUCUGUUUAUGUACUGCGUUAUGUAUUGCGUUGUACAGGCAAGAAAGUAAUAAAACGUCAUCCUGAA